AUGGCGAAUCCUAUGAUGUGCUUGCAGGCAGACGCGCCGCCAACUAGGCGUGUUACGCGUCCGCCUAUUGUUUUUCAUCAAAGAGAAACAAAACAGCAACAGCAAACUCAAAAUAUAUGCGUGAAAACAAAAGGCGCAAUUUGUUUUUUGUGCCUUUUUGAUGGAUUGCGCACACCAACAAUUCGACGACUGAGUCGAAAACCUCGAUUGAUAUGUAAUCGGCCACUUUUAACGUUCGAUCCUUCAGUAUUUGCUCCAUCAUCACAAAAUGCAAUUCAAAAUUUAUAUAUGAAUUCUCUUAAAUGUUCAGCGGAUAUAGUUGUUGAUCCACCAGUAAAAGAUGCGCUUGAUAUGAUGCAUAAACUUUCGCAAAAUGCUACGUCAGAAAGAGUUAUUUUACAUUACUUCGGUCAAGGUUGCAAUCAACCAUCACCAGAUGGAUCUAUAUUCUUCUUCUCAGAAGAUAGAGCUCGCUAUAAGCCCGUUAAGUUAGAAGUUCUUUUCCAAUACGUUCCAGGACCUAUUUGUGUUAUUGUAGACUGCCCUUCAGCAGCAGUUCUCGCAAAUGCAUUUUCAACCCAUAAAGAUACACUUGGUUUCUUUGCUUGCAGUCAAAAUGAACAAAUGCCGAUUUCUACAGACGCACCGUGGGAUUUAUUCAGUUCAUGUCUCCUAUCGCCAUUUGAGACUGCUCUCUGGUGGCACACUCGAAGACACAGUUGCGUUUUCGAAAUUCCGGAAAGAUUCCAAAAAGUAGAAAAUACAAGCUUCAUCAAACAAUUUUUCUUCGCUUUACUCGAAGCCAUUGCAUUUGAUACACAACCUCAAGGUUUAUUCGAACAAUUUACUAAAGAUCCAGCUAUGACAUCAUUAGCACGAGGUUUUGUUCUUUCUCAGCGCGUUAUGCAGUCAUUCAACCUUCAUCCUGUUUCAUUACCCGCUCUCAAGCCUACAUCCAGCCAUGAUUUAUGGUUCUUCUGGGAUACAGCAAUCGAUUGCGCCCUUGCAAUGCCAGAUGACGUCUCCUCCCGCAUGAUCUUCAAGCUCUUCAUCGAAAGCUUCCAUAAUUUCCCAACUGUCGGAGUUAUGCCGAUUUUCUCAUUUUUCAUAACUCGUCCUGAAUUCAGGGAAGAAUCCGUCCGUGUUCUUAUCGAUUACAUCGACAACCAUUCCGAUGUUGCAGAAUCCGCAGCCCGCUCCAACAUCGCUAGAACAAUUGUCGAAAUGAACAGUAUAAACAACAACAAUCCACCGUCCGCGUCCACCUGUUUACUUCUUGCGAAGUUGCUCUCUAUAGGUGUUGGAACAUCUCCUUUCCAGCAGCAAUGGGUUUUCUGGUUCAAAGAAACAGCAGAUGCCGCAGAUGUAAAAGCCGGACUUUUGUCAAUAUGUUGUGCGAUCUCCAACAAUUUCAUGAGCUCUUUCACAAAGAUACAUUCUAUAUGUAUAAAGAGAGCUAUUGAUUGCGCACCAUAUUCGGCAUUGUUGAUUGGUUUAUUGAUGCAAAGAGCUGUUUCUUUGAUAAAUUUGCCACCUUUUGGAAGUAAUUUCCUUCCUCUUUUGGAUUCUGAAUCCCCUGAAAACAGAUUAGCUUGUGCUUUCUUGAUGGGCAAUCUGAAAGAGAGAUCUUGCAUCCCUAAGUUGGUUGAGUUGUUGUCAAAUGAAAAUGAGAAACAAGAGAUAAGAUGCCAAUGCGCAAUUUCUCUUGGAUUACUCAUGAAACAGCAACAGGAUCCACAGAUAAGCCAGGCAUUGGCAAAGGCUGCUAGAGAUAAAGAUAGAAGUGUUGCAGAAUUGGCUCAAAUGAUGAUGUCAGCAAGAGUGGAUCAGGCACAGGAGAAAUUUAACAUCUUGAAGUUGUUAAUGAAUGCUGUCAAGAGAAAUGGUUUCUAUGAUAGAUAUUAUUCCGGUCUUAUUGUUUAA